UCAGAGUGAAAGUUGUCUCCGCUUGGGAGAGCAGGGAGUCUGGACUCGCUAGUUUUCACCGCUGCUGCUGCUGCUGCUGCUGCUUCACACGCUUUCUCCCGGAGAGAUGAGGCGGAAAGAGAAGAGGCUCCUGCAGUUCGCCGGGUUGCUCAUAGCGGCUCUUCUUUUCCUCCCCAACGUCGGGCUGUGGUCUUUGUACAAGGACCGCGUGUUCGACAACUCGCCCGACAUAGGGGACGGUCCGGGCGGCAUCCCCUCGAUACAGGGCUUGAACCAGAUGAGGAAGGUCGCUCAGGUGGGACUUGAUGGUGUGCGGAGGACAGACUGGCAUGACUAUGAAGCAAUGAGGAAAGAUGCUGCUCGCGUCGGUAACGGUGAACAGGGGAAGCCGUUUCCUCUAACAGACGCUGACCGGAUGGACCAGGCCUACAGGGAGAACGGCUUCAACAUUUACAUCAGCAACCGGAUCUCCCUAAACCGCUCCCUCCCGGAUAUCCGCCAUCAAAACUGUAAACAGAAGCUGUAUGCGGAGAAGCUGCCCAACACCAGCAUCAUCAUCCCGUUCCAUAACGAGGGCUGGUCGUCGCUGCUGAGGACCGUUCACAGCGUACUCAACCGCUCUCCUCCACAGCUCAUCGCAGAGAUCAUCCUGGUCGACGACUUCAGCGACAAAGAGCACCUAAAAGUGGCACUAGAGGAGUACAUGAUGCGGAUGCCGAAAGUUCGCAUUCUGCGGACCAAGAAGAGGGAGGGUCUGAUCAGGACUCGCCUGCUGGGAGCUGCUGCUGCCAAGGGAGAGGUCAUCACCUUCCUGGACUCCCACUGUGAAGCCAACGUCAACUGGCUGCCCCCACUGCUGGACCGAAUCGCCCAGAACAGGAAGACCAUUGUGUGUCCGAUGAUUGAUGUGAUCAACCACGACAAUUUCGGCUACGACACACAGGCAGGGGACGCCAUGCGAGGGGCGUUUGACUGGGAAAUGUACUACAAACGAAUACCCAUCCCUCCAGAGCUACAGAGGGACGGCGCCAGUGAACCCUUUGAGUCGCCGGUGAUGGCAGGUGGGCUGUUCGCUGUGGACAGGAAGUGGUUCUGGGAGCUGGGAGGAUAUGACACGGGUCUGGAGAUCUGGGGAGGAGAACAGUACGAGAUCUCCUUCAAGGUGUGGAUGUGUGGUGGUCGGAUGGAGGAUAUCCCUUGCUCCAGAGUAGGACACAUCUAUAGGAAGUACGUCCCCUACAAGGUCCCUGGAGGGAUCAGCUUGGCAAAGAACCUAAAACGUGUGGCGGAGGUGUGGAUGGAUGAAUACGCUGAAUACGUCUACCAGCGUCGGCCGGAGUACCGCCACCUGUCAGCCGGAGAUAUGACGGCGCAGAAGGAGCUGAGGAACCGCCUCAACUGCAAGAACUUUAAGUGGUUCAUGAGCGAGGUGGCCUGGGAUCUGCCCAAACACUACCCACCAGUGGAGCCUCCUGCUGCUGCGUGGGGAGAGAUACGGAAUAUGGGUAGCGGCAUGUGUAUGGAGAUUAAACACUUUGUAUCAGGAAGCCCCAUCCGCCUGGAGAGUUGUGUGAAAGGACGAGGUGAGGUGGCCUGGAGUCACGGGCAGGUGUUAACAUUUGGUUGGAGGGAGGAUAUUCGGGUUGGUGACCCCAUGCACACGAGGAAGGUCUGCUUUGACGCUGUCUCUCACAACAGCCCCGUCACUCUGUACGACUGUCAUGGCAUGAAGGGGAACCAGCUGUGGCGCUACAGGAAGGAUAAGAGUCUGUAUCACCCCGUCAGUAACAGCUGUAUCGACAGCAGCCCGAGCGAGCGGCGAGUCUUCAUGAACACGUGUGACGCCUCCUCUCUCAGCCAGCAGUGGCUGUUUGAGAGAACCAACGCCACCGUGCUGGAGCACUUCAACCGGGGCACCAACUGAGAACAGUGGAUGGUGAAAUCAAAUGUCUUCCAAAGAACAAGAUCAUUAAGAAAUGAUCGCCUUUGAUUAGAUAAGAAUGGGUGCUACAAGUGAAUAAUGCGCUGCUUCAGAAACAUUCCCUGUGGUACAGCAGUGAUUGAGUGCACUGGCUGAGAGCUGAAGAGCUGGUUGGACCACACACAGAAUUACAUCGAAUGUCCAAUGAUACAGUAUGAGCUCAUGACAAGGAAGCAGUGGGGGAACCACAGUGAAACCUGAUUAUCCUGUGGAAACCAACAUGGAGCUUUUACACACUGCACUUUGGACCUCAAGAAUUUCCAAGAAUCAAAAAUUUGCAAAGAUGCUCCUUUCUUCAAUUGCCAGUGUAAAUCUGUUAAACACAGACCCUUUAAUGGAUGGUCUAAUUCUUGCCUUUUUUCCCCUGGUCUUUUUUCAAUUGAUGCCUUAAAAUUCUUCCCUGCUCCUUAUGUUUUCAUCUAAAACAACAUUUGGUGAUGUAUAUGGGACUUUUUGGAAGCCACAACUGUAUGGAAACCGGAGAAAAGGCCUGCACAGUGUGUAAAUUCACUGCAAGAAGAUGCCUUUUUUCAGAGGACCAAAUCUUGUACAGACCCAUCUUGGAAGUGUAAAUAUUCU